UCGUCUGGAAAUGACAGCGACAAUGUGCAACACGCCGAGGUCGUUUCGCAUCGACGAUCUCCUACAUCCGGAACGUGGAUCCUCCAUUCGAGACAGUAUCGUCUCGCCCAGGGAGGGUGAGAGGUCGUCCUGCAGCCCCCCGACGACACCCGACACCCCCACAACACCCUCAACACCACCGCGUACUCCCACCAUCCCGUUUCCCAUGCAUCUCCAAGCACACUGGCCUGCGAGACCAACUCCUGUUUAUGCACCGCAUAUGGAUGACCGGCGACUAUGUCUUCCCUACGACCUUCAUCCCUUUAGAGCGGUUCCACCAGCCAGGUUUUGGCCGCUCUAUUCGCCCUAUCAGCUCCCUUUGCAGCACAAUAUUCUGGCACGACUAUCGGCCGCUCAUCACAGCAAACGCAAAGGAGGUCAGGUCCGUUUUACACCGCAUCAAACGGCAGGCCUUGAACAGAGAUUUGGUUCUCACAAGUACCUCAGCCCUGAGGACCGCAGGCAUCUUGCUGCACAGUUGAAGCUCACCGAUCGUCAGGUAAAGACAUGGUUCCAAAAUCGAAGAGCAAAGUGGAGACGCGCCAAUCCAACGGCUGCAAAUAGUGAAGGCGGAGAAGGUUCGGGAAAUUCGAUUCGAAAUGGCGCGAGCGGAGAGGCUAACGAAGAGCUUGAUGAGCCCUACGAUAGCGACUGUGAAAGUCCGAUUUCGGUUACAGACUAGACGAACACCGAAGAGUCAAUCUAGAUGCCGUAAUAUCUCCGUUGAGAAAAAUAC